AAGAUGGGUUCUAAGUCUCCAAGCAUUGCUGCACUUGUGUUACCACUACUGCUUCUUGUACUUAUCACUCUUUGCUCUCAAGUUGAAGUCGUGGAAUCUACUGGCCGCAAACUUGCGUGGGUGUUUUCUGGAACGCCUAUUGUGUACACACCACCAUCAAGGUCAUGUGGAACUUCUCCAGCAGUAUUCACUUCAAGGUGGAGAAGACCCCGACGACCAUGUAGACUUCCUCCAGGAGGUGUUAUUAUCACUGGUGACAAAUCUCCUUAACUACGUGAUUUUGUGUCUCUAUGUCAGAACUUUGAUGUUCUAUGCAAUAAUAAAGUGUCGUCUGUGGUUUUCUGAUUUGGUUUCUUGUCUCAAGUGUACUAAGUAGACUACUUUGUCACGUAUGAUGAGUCAAUAAACUUAAUGAACUAAUACUUAUGGAUAAGUUAAGUCCAUGA